AUGUCUUCUGUCCCCAGCUACGGCGCCAUGCCCCUGAGCAAGAUGUUCCUCCUAGUCCGCAUCCUCCAGGCCAUCGCCAUGAUCGUAGUCAUCGGCAUAGCCUCCAACUUCAUCAACAUGAUCCUAAUCAUGGGCGUUGAGCCCCCCAAGGAGUUCGUCGGCACACUGAGCGUGACCUGCAUCGCAGCGCUCUACAUCAUGGUCAGCAUCGGCUACUACUGGUCGCACGCCAACCUCGGCCUCUUGAUCAUGACAGGCGUCGACUCCCUGCUCCUCAUCGCCUUUAUCGUAUGUGCUGUUGUUUUGGGGAAGCCCCUCUCCUACCUCAACUGCUACGUUAUCGGCCGUGCCUCUACCGAAGUCGACACCCAGUCCGCAUACGCCUUCGUCACAGCCACGACGCAGAACUUGAACACCGUUGGCUCGAACUUGGGACUGUUGCACUGGUCCGGCGUUACCAAGUCGAACUGCUUCCAGGCUAAGACUGUGUGGGGACUCAGUGUUGCGCUUUGCAUCCUGUUCACAGUCUCCUGCGCACUCCUCCCUACGCUGUGGUACAAGAACAAGAAGGCUGCUCCUGCUGCUAAGUCUGUUGAGGAGGCUUGA